GCCUUUCAAAGCGGAGUUGUAUAACUAGGAUAAUGUUUUUCGUAGGGAACAUAAUCUCAGGAUGUAUUAAGUGUACCUUCGCUACAUUAAGUCAUAAAAGCGUAGUUCGAUAAUAAGUGGUACUUAUAUGGUUAUUGUUAUUAUUUUCCCAGUAUGGAAACAGGAUCCAAUUGUUCUAAUGAUAAUCAUCAUCGUCAAUUAUUUAAAAAGGAUUCAUUAAAGUGUUUCUAUUCACAUUCAGUAACUGGCAAAAAUGAAUUACCAACAACACCAAUAACAACAAAUGCAAUUCCAACUGUUAGCCAUGAAUGUUCUAAAUUCGUAAUAACUACUGAAACUUUAUCGCCACUCAAUAAUCAGAAUAAUUGUUCAAAUGAUUUAAAAUUCAUGGAUGAUAGUACUUCAUCAUCAUCGUCAUCAAUAUGCGGUUUGGAUAGUUUAGCUUGUACUGCCAGCGGUAGUGGAAUGUUAUCAUCAGAAUCACCAAGUGAUUUAACAGUAAUUACAUUGACAUCGAAUAAUUCUAAUAAAUCAUUAUCAUUGUCAUCAUCUUCAUCACAUACUCCUGCUACUGUUGCUACCGUUAUACAUGAUCUUGAUGAUUAUAGGAAUGGUUGUUCACAUAAUGGAUUACCUAUUAGUGAAUCCUUACAAAAUACUCAUCAAAUACCACGUUCUUGUACGUCUUUAAACAAAACCACUUCAUUUUUCAUCCCUCCUAAAUCAAAUAAACCUGUCGGUGGUGGCGAACAGUUGAAAGCGACUGGACCAUCAUCGUCAUCUGAUGUUAUGUUAAGUGCUAAUAAGACUUUAUCGAAUUUGUCAAGUCUUAAAUCACGUAUCCCAGUACCAGUUUCAUAUAACAAUAGUAAUAAUCUUGAGAGUAGUCAUCGUCCGACGAUGAAGCCAAAUUCGACAGGAUCUCAGGUUAAUCAAGCUUCAAAAAAUGGUCCACUAGUAUCCGAUUUAUUGUUGAACAAAAGAUCUGCACAUGGACAGUAUAAUCCGUUAUCUUCACCUGUCAAAUCAUCUGAAAAUGGUCAUAUUAAUGAUGAUGAUGAUAAUAAUGAUAACAAUAAUGAUGAUAGCAUAGAUCAUUCAGACUAUUCAAUUAGCAAAAGUGUAACUAUAAAAACAAAAUGUAAGACUACACAUGCAUAUCCUCCACUACCACCUCUUUCAUCGAAUCGUGUUGAUUCUCAUAAAUGCACAACCAUGUCAUCGAAACCAACUAAUCAUUCAGUGUCUACAGUAGCACCACCAAUCCUUUUAUCACCAGUAACAACGGCGACGACGACGACAACAACAACACAUUUAGUGAAUGGUUUGGGCGAAAAUAUCGUAUCUUGUCCAAUUAAAUCACAUCCUAAUGAAGUAUUACAAGAUACUAAUGGUAGUGUUAAAAAUACAGAAAAUAAUUUAAAAGAUCUUUUACCAACUUUUUCUUCAGACUCAUCAGAGUCAGAGGACAGUGAAUCAACUACGGAAUCAAUAUAUCAUCAACCACCAAAAGCUGCAGAUCGUAGUGCAGCUUUUAGACUGGCUAAAAGACUUUUUCAUUUAGAUGGUUUUCGUAUAACAGAUGUUGCCAAACAUUUAAGUAAACGGAAUGAUUUUAGUCAACUUGUCGGUGAAGAAUUUGCCAGUUUCUUUGAUUUCACCAAUCAACGUUUAGAUGUUGCGUUAAGAUCAUUUUUAAAUAGUUUUUCAUUGACUGGUGAAUCACAAGAACGUGAACGUAUAUUGUUACAUUUUUCACGACGUUUUCACGCAUGUAAUCCGACUAGUUAUUCUUCUGAAGAUACUUGCCAUACUUUAGUCUGUGCACUUAUGUUACUCAACACGGAUCUUCAUAGUCAAGGUAUAACAAAGAAAAUGUCUUGUCAAGAUUUUGUUAAUAAUCUAACUCAAAUGAAUUGUGGAGAUAAUUUUUCUAAAGAAGAUCUGAAAGUAUUAUACAAUGCUAUUAAACAGGAACCAAUACGUUGGCCUCAUUCUGAUGCAAAUAUGAUGGGUUUUGUUAAUUUAUAUUAUCCUGCACCACCAAACGCUCUUGGUCCACCAGUGGUGGGUGCUCCAGUAGGUGGGUUUCUUACAGCAGCCAAUUUUUAUGCACCGAAUCUUCCUCAGACACAUUUUAUGUUUAGUCCAUUGCAAAAUACUGCUUAUCCUCCGAUGAUUUUCCCACAUGUAACAGCAUCUCAACUAAAUGAUAAUGCCACUAUCACAUCGAAUUCCUUAUCGUCAGCAAUAUCUCAAUUGACCACUUCUCAACUAUCGUAUUCAUCACCGCAUACUGGAAUGUCGCCACCUUUCUAUUGGAACCCGAAUAAUUUCAGUGCACCAUUGUAUGAUGAUCAAUCAAAUCCCGGUGUUGUAUCAUUUAUGAAUUCAAAUCAGUUGCCAAAUCUUUAUACACAAUCAUCGUCUGAACAGCUUCAACAACAGGCAUUACAGUUAACUCAAACAAAUCGUAAAUUGAAUGAAUCUUCUGGACUAAGUCCUUAUCUAGAUUUAACGGCAGAAAUCAACGCCAAAGAAUAUAUGCGUGGUUUAUUAGCACGUAAAUGGGUCAUGGAGUCGUAUAAAAAGAAAACUCCUGUUGGACGUCGUAGUUGGAAAUUGUAUUAUGCAAGACUACGUGAUCUCGUCUUGUAUUUAUAUAAAAAUGUAAAUAUUGCAAAUAAUGCAACACAUGCUGAAGAAUUACACAAUCUUUACUAUCAGCAGCAACAACAACAACAAAAUUAUCUACAACAACUUUUUAUUCAACAACAACAACAACAAAGGCAACAACAACAUUUUCUGUUACUUCAACAACAACAACAACAGCAGUACCAACAUCUUCAACAGCAGCAUCAACAGUAUCUUCUACGUAAACACCAAUCUCCUGAUGAUGAAGAAGAAGUGAAUGAGGUAGAAGAGGAGGAGGGAGAGAGUCAUGGGGACGAUGAUGGCGUUGGUGUUAAUGCUAAUUGCCCUUCUAACGGUAAGAAUAAUUCUACUGUUGAACUCUCAUCAUCGUCAUCAUGUAUGAAGGAGCAUUCAUGUGUAGUAACUGAUACUACUGAAAAUCAAUCUGAAAUUGGAAAUAUGAACGACAAUGGACUCACUGUUUUGUCUGUCGGUAAUGAUGAUGAUGAUAAUCUUGAUGAUUCACCUACAUCAAAACAAUUAACCACUUCCAUAGAAAGUCAACAAUCGUUUAACACUUCCGAAUAUACUGUUGAAACUGUGGAGAAUUCAUCAAAAGAACAUAUGAAUAUAAAUGAUGAUUUAGCUACAACAAAUGCAUCACAAACUUCAUUAACAACAGUUUCUCAAAGCUCAGUUGUAACAUCAAACAAUUCUACUAACACUAUGACAUCAUCUUUUUCUACAUUUAAUCCAAUAUUGUCUACUCCUUACAUUACAACACAACAUCAACAACUGUCAUCAAUUCAACCAAUUCCAAUGACUACUACAACUACUACACCACCGUCAUUUGUUCCACCGCCAAUUCCACCACCUGAAACAAUUAUUCGUCUAGCCCAUGCUUAUGCAUGUAGAGCUACAGAUUAUGUGAAAAAAUCUAAUGUAUUCCGUUUACGUACAAAAGAAGGCGGUGAAUUUUUGUUUGAAGUCAAUGAUGCAAAAGAAGUAGAUAUUUGGAUUGAUCGAAUUAAUUUUGUUGCAGCUCUUCUAUCUGCACCAUCUUUAGCGUCUGCUGUUAGUUCAGAGCGUAAUUUUCACCGACCUCAUUUACCUGCAACAUAUACUAAAUUAAACAUGCGUGAACAACUUGAGGAACAUCAAAAACGUUUGUUAGAAUUGGAUCAAGAAUUGACUGAUUUACGUUCUCGUCUACUUGCCACCUCUGUUAGUAGUAGUGGUGGUAGUAGUAGUAGUAAAAAUCGUAAGAUUUCUUCAAAUGCACAAUCAUCAUCUCUUGAUGAAACUGUGAAAUCACCAUUAUUUAAUGAAGAUAAUAUAUCAACUUCGGAAACUGUUAUUACCACCACUCCUACUUCUACUACUAAUGUUAAUAAUGUAAACACUGACGUGUUAUCUACAGUUGCUGACAAUUUGACCAAUAUUACUACAACAAUAACGACUACUACUGCUACUCCGUCUUCCUCAGUAACAUCUCAAUCACAGUUGAACUCAUUAAAAUCCACUGAGACAAUCAACACUAGUGUUUCAUCGGCAUCUAUUCCCUUCUCAUCCAGUUCAUUCAUGUCCGUCUUUUCAACAGGUAGUCUAGGCAGACGUAGAAAAGGUAGUAGUGGUUCGUUAAAUUCCAACAGUAACACAACACAUGGAUCUGAUGGCAGUAGUGGUGGUCUUAUAAUCAGUGCUAAACAACGUGCGGAAUAUGAAGAACGUAUACAAUUCAUGGAAUCUGAAAUUCAGCGGUAUAAAACUUACGCUCGUCUCUUAGAAACAGAGUUAUUCCGCCUACAACAGUCUUCAUCAGUCGCUGCUUUAGCUGCAAGUAAUCCUUUUGUUCCGUAUGUCGGUGGGGGUUAUCCUAAUCCUAUGUGUACUAAUCCCACAGUUGGUGGACCAAUUCAAUACAAUGCUAUUAAUAAUGCAUUACGAACAAGUAUGAACUUUCCUAUUAUUGGUACAUCGCCCGCUCCACCACCUCCACCAAUGUAUUUUGUUCCUACUGGAUAUCGUGAUCGAAAUACUAGUGCCUCAACGGUUGUUACUAGUCGUGGUACAUCAGUUAUGACACAUUUAGCUGUAUUGGGUCCUCAAAAUUCAUUAAAUGAAGAAGUUGUACAAACGACAACAGGUUGUAUCACGUCCGUUUCGACUACUACUAUUACUACGUCUACUAACACUACUGUAACACCAUCGUCUAAUAAUAGUAAUUCAUCGAAUGAAUUGAAUUCUAUCGAUAAUAAUAUUAUUAGUCCCGGUGUCAACAUCACUACUUCAUUAGCUUACCCAGUGCAAUCUCAAUUAUUUCCAAUAAAUAGUACUAGAUAUAGAACAUUUGUAUCACCGUAUUUCACAUCACAAAUACCAUCAAUCAAUCCAUAUUCACCGUCUGUCAGUGGACGAUUUUAUCAACAACAACAACACCAGUCUAGACGAUUACGUUAUUCUUCACCAUUGAAUAAUCUAUAUCAUCAUCAACAACCACAGAAUGUUAUUGUCAAUGGAACUACUAGUACUAAUAAUAAUAGUAGUAGUAAUAAUGGUCGUUUUAAUGGUUUAGUUAAUGGAUUUCAGUUAACUGAAGAAGAUUCAUUCAACGAUAAACAUCUCAUUACUACUAAUACUUCCUCGUCAAAUAAUAAUUUGAUCAUGAAUACAAUCACAGAUGAUAUGUCGUCCACGUGUAAAAUUGCAAAUGACUGUAGUAAUAAUUGUAAUAAUAAUAAUAAUAAACUUAUACAAAAUUCCCAAUCAGUUUGUUCAACAAAUGGUCUAUUUUACGAGAUUGUAUAAUCGGUGUUAUUGUCAUUAACAUUAUUGUCAUUAUGUUGUUUCGUUCUCUUCAUUAUCGUAAUGCUCUCUGUCUAAAAUCUCUAUCUCUUAUCUUCAAUUAUUGUUAAGUUCUGUUAAAAUGUUUUAUUCUGGUUCCAAGUUUUCUCUUGUUAUUAUUGUUUUCUGCGUAUAUAGCGCAAAUGCGAAACCUAGCAGUCAGUCACUAUUACCAUUAUUAUGUAAUGUAAUAUUUUGUUUCAUUAGUGAUAAUGUCAGCUUUGGAUGUUCAUCGUAUACAACAAUUAUGUGGAGUUAGUGUGGAACUCAAACGGUUGUGUUUAUUUUGUCUCGUUACGUUCAUUACUUAAUGUAUGUGUGUGUGUGUGUGAUACAUAUUGCCAUAUGCAUUAUCAAACCUUUCAAUGUGUUUAUUUAUUCAGUGUAUUCCCAACCUCUCUUCCUCUUAAUCUUAUUGAUUUAUUAUAUCUCUCUUAGUAUGUGAGAUUGCGUGUGUAACCAUGUGCCACAUUCAUCAUUUUCUAAAACCUCUGUUUAUUAUCUAUUAAUCUUGUAUUAUCUCUUACAUCAUCGUAUUCACAUCUUAUCUUUUUUCUUCACUCAGGUGUAUGUCACUGUAUAGUCAACUCUUUUUUUGAAAUAGUCAUCACCUUCUUCUUACACCAAACAAGAUGUAUACACAAGAUGAGCAUUUUUUUCUCUUCACAGGAAGUUGAACUAGAAAUCUAUAUUUAACAGGAAUUUAUUGUAGUUAGUUGAAACACUGUAAAAUUGAAUCAUCUUCCCUCUUUUUUUUUCUCAUCUUUCUAUUGUCGUACAUAUAUUAUGUAUGUACAUGUUUAUUCGUUUGUUUACAAAAUCAUCAUCUAGUCAUGUUAAUUCCUUGAAUUUCUUAUAGGCUUAUAAUUUCAAUAUUCAAUUGAUCUCUUUUAGCAACACUAUCACAACUGGUUCUUCAAUCUCCAUGUUUCUUUUUUUUUGUUCAAGUUUUUGUUUGUAAUUCAAUUGAAUUACAUCUUUUUUUGCCACUUAUUAUGAUGAAGAACAUUGUUCAAUGUCAAUAACAUUAUCAUCAUUAUUAUCACCUUCUUGUUCAUACUAUCCUCCCUUCCUGUAUACCAGUACUACUAAUGAUUCCAUAAGUCAUUGAAUUUCUUUUUCUAUAAUUAUUGAGUUAUUCAAAGAAAGAAAUUUAUUUUUGCUUGUUAUUCAUAUACUACUAUUAUUAUUAAUACUACUACUACUAUUACUUUAAACCUCCAUAUUUAUUUCAUUAAUGAAUGAAUAUGUUACUGGAAUGCUACUCUCGGUAAUACUAAUAAUGACAUUAUUAUUAUUAUUAAUUUAUUGUAAAGUUGUAAAUGUUUCUUUUUAUGUUCUCUAUUCUCCUACUUUUUUGUUUGUUCAAUGUUAAAAUUAAAAGAUGAAAAAAAUAUCCAAAUUUUCUAAUUACGUAUAACUUGUGUAUAACUUUAAUUCCGAAUUCACUAAUCUCUCUUUAUCUCUCUCGCUAUGUAUUGCUAUUAUUAUCAUUAUUACGAACAACACAUACACACACAUAUUAACAAACAAACAAAUCAAUAAUUAGUUACUAGCGUGUAAAAGAACACUUUAUUCAUUUGAUUAAUAACAAGUAAAGAGUAUGUCUAUUGCCUAAAUCUAUUGAUUAUUGUUCUUUUUUUUGUAGUUAUUAUUAUUAUUACCAGUGAAAUAGACAAAUUAGAGACAAUGAAUAAGCUGUUAGUACUGUUGUUGUUGUUGUUUAAAUAAAAGAAAUUUACACUGUUGUUUGAAAAAUAACCUCAUCACAUUGACCAAUUGUUUGUUUGUUUAUUUAUUUCUCUAGUCUAAUAUUCUAUAAAACCAAUAUAAUUUAUACUAUUUACUACCUUGAUUUAUUAUGAUUACUAAUACUCUUGUUUUAAUGAAUCAUAAAAUCCUUCUUUUUUUGUCAAUUUUUAUAAUUUAUCAAAAAUGAUAACAUAUUACUAUUAAUUCUACUUUAUAGGCAUCGAAUAAUAAGAAUCUGGUGAUUGUUUUGUUUUGUUUUUGUUUGUUUUCAUUCAAUGAAUAAUGUAUCCAUAGGAAUUUCACUUUUAAACUAUUAAUAUUAUUAUCUGGUUUUGUUUUGUUUUCGAAUUGUCCAUGUUCAUGUUUUGGUCACACACACACUACUCCUUGCUACCACAACAACUACUACUACUACUCUCUCUCUCUCUAUUCUAUACUAUUUCUACAAUAUUGAUUUGUCAUUUUAUUUUAUUUUCUACAUUGAAGAAUAGCGCACACAUAAAUUCAUUUAAAAUUUAAUAGUCUUUCUUUAAAAUUAAAGACUAAAUAAACUAUAUUCAAUAGAAAUGUGAAACCAAGAUAAGAAAUAAAAUUUUCUUACCUCAUUCAAUAAUAAUGAUAAUGAUAAUAAUAAUAAUAAUGACAAUACUUUUGGCAUGAACAAUAUUUAUUUUAAUUUUAAUUAAAAGUGCCUGACAAUCAUCUAGGUGUUCAAUAUCCUUAUUUGUUUGUUUGUUUGUUUGUUUGUUUUCUAAUGGAGAAUUUAGUGUUUAUUUACAAUUUAUUGAUAUUUUCAAUUGUUAAUCGGGUUCAUAGGUUUUUUCCCCCCUUUUUUUUCUCUCCCUCCCUCUCUCUCUCUCUCUCUCUCUCUCUCUCUCUCUCUGGAAAUUAAUUACAACAUUAUGCCAGUAAAUAAAAAGAAUAUUUGUAUACAAUAAAAUGGUAUUUCUUACAAUCUCUAUUUCUCUUGUUUGUUUUGUUUUGUUUUUUAUUAUCAAAAUGAAAUUGACAUGAAUUUUAUUAAUAAUAAUCUAUAAAUAUAUUCAACUGUGUAAGUGUACGAGUUUUGUAAUUAUUAUUAUUGAUUUCUUUAUUAUUUAUACUCUCCUUUAUAUGCUUAUAUAUUGGUCUUUUUAUAUAUAUCUUUUUUCUUUGGUAAGAUAUCCUGGUGACGUUUUCAUUGAUUUUCUUUCUUUACAUCUUUUCUCUCUCUCUCUUUCUUCUAGUUCUCUUUUACAUUUUUUUUUAAAAUUUCAAUCCUAUUACACGUUUACAGCACUUAAUGUUGCCGUUAUAUUUAAAAUUUGGUUUUUUUUUUUCUAACUGUAUAUUGCGUAAUGCAAAUUUAUGUGAAUAUAUAUUUAAAUAAACUUAUAUAUCUAUCUAUAUA